GGUUGGCACCAUUCCAUCAGCCUGGCUUGCUAACCUCCAACACGCAGCACAGCCAGGGCCAUGAUCCUGCCCUUCCUUCUGAUGCUUCUUGCCCACACCCUAGAAGCAAGCGUUGGUACGUGGACUUCCUUCCCUCUGGCCAGAGCUGCUGACCCAGGCAGGGCCAGCCAGGAUACCUGCUCUCUUCACCUCCCUUCAUCCUAUCGAUGUGUGAAUGUGGUAUGAGAAAACUAUAUGAUAGCAGAACUCAAUACUCCAGGAUCAUAGGAGGGCAGGAGGCUGAGGUGGGUGAGUUUCCAUGGCAGGUGAGCAUUCAGGAAAGUGACCAUCAUUUCUGUAGCGGCUCCAUUCUCAGCAAGUGGUGGAUACUCACCGUGGCCCACUGCUUUUAUUCUCAGGAGCUUUCCCCAAUAGAUCUCAAAGUCAAAGUGGGCACCAAUGACUUAACUGCUUCAUCCAUGGAACUACAGGUCAGCACCAUAAUCCGGCACAAAGGCUUUAAACGAUUCAACAUGGACAAUGACAUCGCCUUGUUGCUGCUGGCCGAGCCCUUAACAUUCGAUAAGCUGACUGUGCCCAUCUGUAUGCCUCUCCAGCCCACCUCUCCCAGCUGGCAUGAAUGCUGGGUGGCAGGAUGGGGCACAACCAACCCAACUGACAAAGAAUCUAUAUCAAUGGAUCUGAUGAAGGUGCCCAUGCGUAUUACAGAUUGGGAGGAAUGCUUACAGAUAUUUCCCAGCCUCACCACAAACAUGUUGUGUGCCUUGUAUGAUAAUAAGAGCUACGAUGCCUGCCAGGGUGACAGUGGGGGACCGCUUGUCUGCAACACACAUCCUGGCAGUAGGUGGUACCAGGUGGGCAUCAUCAGCUGGGGCAAGAGCUGUGGGAAAAAAGGCUCCCCAGGGAUAUAUACUGAAUUGGCAAACUAUAUCCUGUGGAUUGAGAAAGUAACCCAGAUAGAGGGCAAGCCCCUGGAUAUUAGGAGUCAGAGGAUCUCUGGCAAGAAGAAAGCCAGGAGGAACAACCAGUCCUCCAAAUGCCCAGCCCUGAACUUCCCCCAAAGCUGGCUCCUGCCCUGUCUUCUGUCCUUUGCACUGCUUAGAGCCUUGUAUAACUGGGAAUAAAGCAAUGCAGUCUCUGAUCCCUA